UCCUUUGUUUUAUCAGGAUACCUAAUUACAUGUUAACUAGCAUUCUUUAAGCAAAACCCAUUUGGUUUUCUUUGUUAAUUAAUUAUUGGAUUGAGAAAGAAAUUUUGUCUCUUUGAUUAAUAAUCUAUUUAUUAUUAAUAUUUUAUCUCUCGAUUAUUCUUAAGAGACCUACUUGUGAGUCUUUCAGUUACUUGGAUGACUUCUUGAAGCUUCUGAAGAAAGACCCUUUUCUUGCAUCGUCUCUGUAACGUCUUUCUACUUCAUCUUCUUGACGUUUCUUUUGCAGCUUUUUGCGGUUCACGUGUUAUUUGCUUCUGGUUCUAUCUUCUUGCUUCUGAUGUAUUUCUUACAAAACCAUUCGUAUAAGCCAUAAGUUAUGUAUUUUAGUAAUGAUAUGAAGCUUUAAAGACGUUAAGUUUGAGAGGAAAAACUAAAACCAUUCACUACAAAAGAUCAAGAACUAGAGAUAGUCAUGGACAUAAAGUCUUUUCAGAAUCAUGCAGAGGGUUUUGUUAAACACUAUUUAUUAGCAGAUCCGUUUCUUCCAUAUACUUCUGUUCUUGCUGGAAUCUUUCUCUCCAAGAUGGCCUAUGACGUCACCGAAUCAUUCAGCUCAAUUCAUAUCAAAUCAUACUUUGCUCUCACAAAUACGAAGAAAAUUGAAUGGAACAACAGGGGAAUUUCUACACUCCAUGCGAUCGUUAUCUCAUUGAUAGCACUCAACUUUGUGUUCUUCUCUGAUUUGUUUUCUGACCAAAGAAGUCUUCAAGGCCUUAUAGUGUUUCGUAGCUCUCCACUUUCAAACUUUGGUUUAGGGGUGUCAGUUGGUUACUUUAUUGCUGAUCUUGGAAUGAUCAUUUGGUUAUACCCUUCUUUAGGAGGAUCAGAAUAUAUUUUCCAUCACUGCUUAUCUGGAGUAGCAGUAGCUUAUUCUUUGUUCUCUGGAGAAGCUCAGCUUUACACAUACAUGGUUUUACCCUCUGAAGUAACUACACCAGAGAUCAAUCUUAGGUGGUACCUUGACAUAUCUGGUUUGAAGCUAUCUAAAGCUUAUCUUAUUAAUGGAGUUGCUAUUUUCUUGGCUUGGUUGACAGCAAGAAUCCUUUUGUUCAUCUACAUGUUUUACCAUGUCUACACACGCUAUGAUCAGGUGGUAGUGAUGCAUACAUUCGGUUAUCUGCUAGUUUUUGUCGUACCGAUUGCAUUGAGUGUAAUGAACUUGAUGUGGUUUGGUAAGAUAGUGAAGGGACUGAUGAAAACUCUUGAGAAAAGACAAUAAGGAAUGAGUUUUUUUAGUAAUGUAAAUAUAAAUGUUUUUAUGAAAGAAUCUUACAGGUUAAAGCUCAUAAUCAAUGACUCUUUUCUACUGUUGUUGCGGUUACCGUUUCAAUUUUCUCAAACCAACUCUUUUGUUUUGACGUAUUUAACUAAAA